ACCGAGCAAUAUUCAAAAGAACUGUACUGAGUACUGAGCAUGAAGAUGAAAAAGAAAACUGAGCAAAGUGGUCAAAGAAAAUAAAAACUUUUGUGAACAAUCUGACACAGUUUUAAAUCUGUAAAGCCAUAUGGCCCAUUUCUGCAGAAACUAACAUGAAGAUACUGUCAUCUUUAUUUUUGGUAAUACAAGAUACUGCUUCUAUCUAAUUCAAUCAAACCUUUUUAAGAACAAAUAUUCCUUUCUUUUCACUAAAAUUAAAAUUAAAAUAAAUUUUUACAAAGUCAAAUUACACACAAGUAGUAUAGUAUUGCUACCUCCAUCUUUAUUCUUAACCGGUCAAAUUAUUUUUUCUCCCAAAUUUAUGAUCAAAUUCAAAGAUCUAUAAGUCAAAAGCAUAGGAAUAUAAUCAAAGCAAGCAAGCAUAGCAUCUUUGAUUCAAGUUUGACAGUGAUGAUUUCAAAAGCAGCAAUAGUGUUACUCAUAGGUUUUAUAGGAAUGGCUUAUCAAGCAACUCAACUUCCACCUCCAAAUCAUAAUCAUUCACUUCUUGAUGAUCAAAAUUAUGAUGAAGUUUCAACAAGAAUUAAACUCAGUGAUGGAAGGUACCUUGCUUAUAGAGAAACUGGUGUUACAAAGGAUAAAGCAAAACAUAGUAUCAUUGUUGUUCAUGGAUUUGGAAGCUCUAAAGAUAUGAACUUUCCUGCCUCUCAAGAACUAAUAGAUGAAUUGGGAGUAUAUAUUCUGCACUAUGAUAGAGCAGGGUAUGGACAAAGUGAUCCAAACCCCAAACGCUCACUGAAAAGUGAAGCACAUGACAUUGAAGAACUAGCUGAUCAGUUACAAGUUGGAUCAAAAUUCCAUGUGAUUGGAGUUUCAAUGGGAUCAUAUGCUACCUGGAGUUGUCUCAACUAUAUCCCUAACAGGCUAGCUGGUGUGGCUAUGAUAGCACCAACCAUCAACUAUGAAUGGCCUUCCCUUCCUAAGAGUCUUGUAAAGGAUGACUACAGAAAGAGAGUUAUCAAGUUGGCUAUGUGGCUUGCAAGAUAUUUUCCUAGACUGUUACACUGGUGGGUGAGACAAAAGUGGCUCCCUUCAAAUUCUGUCAUAGAAAAAAAUCCAGCAUUCUUCAACAAAAGAGAUAUAGAAAUUUUAGAGAGAAUUCCUGGGUUUCCAAUGCUUACUAAGGAUAAAUUGAGGCACCAGGUUGUUUUUGACACACUCAGGGGUGAUUGGAUGAUUGCCUUUGGCAAUUGGGAAUUUGAUCCAAUGAAGCUUAGUAAUCCAUUCCCUCAGAAUAACAGAAGUUCAGUUCACAUUUGGCAGGGCUAUGAAGAUAAAGUAGUACCCUCUCAAAUUCAAAGAUUCAUUUCAGAGAAGCUACCAUGGAUACAAUAUCAUGAAGUUGUAGAUGGUGGCCAUUUGAUUGUACAUUAUAGUGGCUUAGGCGAGGCGAUUUUGAAGGCACUUUUACUUGGGGAAGAAGAUAUUUCAUAUAAACCUAGAUCAUUAAAAUCUGUAUCUUAAUUUUGACAUGAUUUUUAUCAUAAUCCAUUAUGUUUAUUGUUGGUUUAUUUUUUGGGAUAAUGUUAGUUAUGUAAAUCACAUUCUUUGGUUGAAAGGAGGAAACUAUCAUGUAUACUGUCUUUAUUCUUUUUUGAAAGAAAUGUUAGAAACAUGCUUUUUUUUUUGUUGCUAA